GGCGUUACUGGCGUUACUGUUAACUGUUACCAAAAGGGUGCGAAAAUUAACCGGCAUUAAUCGAAGUAUGUAAACAAACGAGAAUAAGUUAAUUAUCUGAUUGUUAAGCCACCCUGAAGCACUUUGCGAAAUUUUUGCAUUCAUCAAAGAAGUAAAAGAUUCCAGUUUGCAGCAUGCUGCGGCGGCUGCCUGUGUCGGGGCCCAGGUCGCUGGACCUGGAUGACUCGAUGGCCGACGCAGACGACACGAUGCAAAUGCUGCGGUCGCCUAUGCAGCGCUUGCCGUUGCGCUCAUCCACUCUUGACACGACGGCCUCCGUUUUUGACAGCACCAACAUGGACGUGACCAUUCUGCCUGGCGAGAUCUCCAAGUUCUACAGCCAGUCGCUGCUGUCCGAGUCAGCCGAGCCGCUCGAAGCACUCGCUCAGGCCUUUUUUGAUGUCCUCGACGCCCACUCAGACGCCCAAGAGGCCUUCGACGCCAUCAAGGAGUUCCACCACGUUUGCGACUCCUUUGCUCAGAACUUCAGAAAUUGCAACUUGCUGGAGAAAUGGCUGACAGAUGAGAGAAACACCUGGCGCUUAGUGGAGACUCUUUACGCAGACCGACUGAACUUUGAUGAGGACAGCAAGGACGUGGGCAUGGAGCUGCGGAUUAGUGAGAAGGAGGUUAUGCUGGACGUUUUCCGGCAGGAUAACAUAACCAGGCAGUGCCAGCUGGUGGUUGACUGGCUCGAGCAGACCGAGGCAUCUCGAAAGGAAAAUGCCCAGCUGCUCAGGGCCGAGCACUUCUCAGACAAAACGGUCACCUGGGAGAACACCAUCUUCCAGCUCAAGCAGAGGGACAACCUUGCCUACAACUCCAAUGUCGCUCUUGUCACUGAAAUUGACCCUGACGCACCCGUUAGACAGUCUCGGUACAUUCACAAGUUGGAUGCUGAGGAUGAGGCAAUUUUGCUAGGCCAGAUUUUGUCGCACGUCCGCUGUGGGCAGCUAGACUUAGCACAGCGCCUCUGCGUCCACUGCGGACAGCCUUGGCGAGCAGCUACCCUGGAGGGCUGGCGGCUUUACCACGAUCCCAACUUGAGCAAGGAUCAGGAUACUGGUGUACUGGAGGCCGUUGAAGGCAACCCGAACCGCGACCUCUGGAAACUUGCCGCCUGGCACAUGUCCAAGGACCCCAGACUGCCACAGACGGCCCGCACCACCUACGCUGCGCUCUGCGGACACCUCCAGGCUAUGCUGCCCUCAAUGGCGACCUGGGCAGACUGGUUGUGGGCUCACCUGAGGGCCAUGAUUGAUGUGCGCAUCGAAGAAGAAAUCAGGGAGCGCGUGGACAAGCAGUUUGUUGAGAUGCCUAACAACUACUGGGCAAACAAGAUGAGCCAGGCGCAGAUUUUUGCCGCCCUUGCCUCCAGCAUUGAUCCCAAGGUGAGGGCUGAGCACGCUGAUGACUUCCCUACCCUGCAGAGGUUCAUCAUCCUUGACGAUGUUGCCACCCUAUACUCCACCCUGGCCGCUUGGACAAGGCAACACGCUAAUCUUCCAUCACAAAAGUCACCGCUCCUUCUCAGGUUUGCAGCGCACUUGGUGCUGGUGCUGAAGCAGCUAGGCAAGGAGGAGAAUGAGAUAUGCGCACACUAUGCCAGUGAGGUGCUGAAGACGUACACAAAAUACGUGAUGGGUCUGAAGAGGCCCGAAAUAGUUAUUGCGUAUGUUGCAAAGCUGCCCAAGAAGGAGCAGGUGGACGUGUUGGCCGCUUACCUUGAGGGCAUCACUGACCCCGACAUCAAGACCCAGUGCGCCAUCCUGGCCAACAACGCUGACCUGGACUUUACCAAGGCGGCUAGGAAGGUUGUCGUCGCCAUCAGGGAGCGCCAGACGUCUAAACCAGGUCUGAACCCUGUAGAGGAGGACGUAGCCAAGAUCGAUGCGCUCGAGUGGCUGAGUAUAUGUCCGUCGCAGAGUGUGGAGGCUCUGUGGCACUCCAACGCCCUUGUGCGGCAGUUCGUGUCCAAGGGCAAGCUGGAUCUGGCCAGGAAUGCCUACGCCAAGAUUCCUCCAGACGUCCUGCAUACCAUUGUCCAACAGGGUCAAUUGCUCAGUGAAAACGAGGAUUGUUCACCGAGACACAGCGCCGCCAUGCGCGAAUACCUCUCCUUUCAGCUCUAUCUGGACGCACACAAAGAUUUUGGAGAGUGGCUGCACUACCUGCACAAGAGGCCAGUGGCGCCAGAAGCAGUGUCGAAGGAAGCCGCCUUCCAGCAGAAGCUGCUUUACGAAGAACAGAUCAAGUUUUACAAGUCCUCGCUCGAAAGCUGGAAGAAGAACCUGAACCACAUGGCCGAGGUGUGCAAGAAGCGGUUCAUGAAUAUCCUGACCUUCCCUGAUGGCGUGUGGCUAAAGGAGCGCGAUGAGUUGGAGUUGUCGCCUGAGGUGGUGGCCAGGAAUAAUGAAAUUGACAGCCUGAUCCGCAUUGUGGUGCCGCAAGCUGCUUUCCUUGUCCACGAAAUCAGCCUCAAGUCGGGUGACGCUAAGUUCAGCCUCCACCUAGCCAACAUCAUCGCUUCCGAGCGCUACGAACUCUACAGACACUUCAGCAAGAAAGACCUCAGGGAAUUGCUGCAAAAGAUCUCUGAGUCAUCUGUUGAACUGCUUAAAAUGAAACUAGACCCUUUCGGCCACGAAGUUACAACAUAAAAAAAUUAAAACAUUCGAAAUAACUGUUCAUUAAGUGGAGACUCUUGUAUUCUACAUUCAUUAAAUAAAAUCGUUUCUUAUUUUGUGUAAGUUAAU